AUGGCGCGCAUCCUCAUCACGGGCUCUUCCGAUGGUCUCGGCUCAGCCGUCGCGCAACGUCUCGUUGCAAAUGGACACUCCGUUGUUCUCCAUGCGCGCAACGCUCAGCGUGCGAAGGAUGCUACCACAGCUUGUCCCGGGGCUGACACGGUCGUCACAGGCGACUUGUCUAACCUUUCGGAGACCAAAAACAUGGCAAACGAAGUCAACAAGCUCGGAGUAUUCGACUGCGUGAUUCACAACGCUGGUCUUUAUCAAGGCCCAUUCCGCAAGACAAGCGAGGGGAUUCCUGCGCUUGCAGCUGUCAACACCGUUGCGCCGUAUGUGCUUACCGCACUGAUCACUCGUCCCAAGCGCUUGGUAUUCCUCUCUUCCGAGAUGCAUCAAUCGGGUGCCCCUAGUUUGGACGACGUCCUCUGGCAGAAACGCGGCGAAGGCCGAUAUAGCGCGAAUGCCGCCUACUGCGCGAGCAAGCUUCACAACGUCUUGCUUGCCAAAGCUUUCGCCCGCAGAUGGCCUGACGUGAAGAGCAACGCAUUGGAUCCUGGCUGGGUGGCUACCAAGAUGGGCGGCAGUUCAGCGCCAGGCAGCGUUGAUGCGGCCGUCGAAAGCUACGUCAUGCUUGCUGAGGGUGAAGAAGAGAAGGCUAAGAAGAGCGGGUGCUACUUCCAUCCAAGCAAGCGAGAGGGCACACCCCACAAGGCAACAGAAGACGAGAAGGCACAAGAUAAGCUACUAGAGAUCUGCGCUGAGUUCUCUGGUGUUCAGCUUUCAUGA